GUAGCUCGUUACGCGAGACAACUGCAGGUAGAGCCCAGCCUGCAACAAUCCACGCUGCCAAAUUCAAGUAGGGCCCAGACAGCUCUUGUUUUCUAGCGCCCUAGGGCGCCCGAGCCCCAGCAGCCAUGGAGAUCGAUAUUAUGGAGGACGUGGAGAACAUAACGGCACCCAAGGCCAAGGGCAAGGCGACAAAGGCGGCGAAGGAGCCGUUGGGGCCUAGCAAUGCAGCGGCGCCAGCAGCGGGCGGCAAGAGCAUUGAAGAAAUGUAUCAGAAGAAGACACAGCUCGAGCACAUUAUCCUGCGCCCCGAUACCUACAUCGGCAGCACCGAGCGCCAGCCGAACCAUGUUUGGGUGCACACGGGACAGAAGAUGGAGUACAAGCAGGUCAGCUAUCCGCCCGGCCUGUACAAAAUCUUCGAUGAGAUUCUCGUGAACGCCGCGGACAACAAGGUCCGCGACGCCACGAUGGACACCAUAAAGGUUGACAUCGACGCGGCCACCAACAGCAUCCGCGUGUGGAACAACGGCAAGGGCAUCCCGGUGGAUGUGCACAAGGAGGAGGGCGUGUACGUGCCGGAGCUCAUCUUCGGCCACCUGCUGACCAGCAGCAACUACAACGACAGCGAGAAGAAGAUCACCGGCGGCCGCAACGGCUACGGCGCCAAGCUGGCCAACAUCUUCUCCACCGAGUUCAUCAUCGAGACGUGCGACGGCUCACGGCUGAAGCGCUACAAGCAGACGUUCACCAAGAACAUGCAGGUCAAGGGCACGCCCAAGAUCACGGACUGCAAGGCCAGCGACAACUGGACCAGCAUCACCUUCAAGCCCGACCUGGCGCGGUUCGGCAUGGAGGCGCUGGACGAGGACGUGGUGUCGCUGCUGCGCCGCCGCGUGUACGACAUGGCGGGCGUGCUGGGCAAGGGCGCCAAGGUGUACUACAACGGCGAGCGGCUGAGCAUCAAGUCGUUCCAGGAGUACGUGGACAUGUACCUGGGGCCCAAGGAGAACGGCGUGCCGCGCUUCUGCGAGCGCAUCAACGACCGCUGGGAGGUGUGCAUCAGCAUCACGGACGGCUCCUUCCAGCAGGUGAGCUUCGUCAACUCCAUCUCCACCCAGAAGGGCGGCACGCACGUCGACUACAUCGUCAACCAGGUGGUCAAGCACGCCACGGAGAAGCUGAGCAAGAAGACCACCAAGACGGCGGCCAUCAAGCCGGCCAUGGUGAAGAACCACCUGUGGGUCUUCCUCAACUGCUACGUGGAGAACCCCGCCUUCGACUCGCAGACCAAGGAGACGCUGACGCUGCGCGCCACGGCCUUCGGCUCCAAAUGCGAGCUGCCGGUGCCGCUGCUGGACAAGGUGCUCAAGGCCGGCCUCAGCGACAGCAUCAUCCGCUUCGCCGAGUUCAAGAGCCAGAAGGAGCUCAAAAAGGGCGACGGCACCAAGCGCUCGCGCCUGCACGGCAUCACCAAGCUGGACGACGCCAACGACGCGGGCGGCCCGCGCAGCCGCGAGUGCACGCUCAUCUUGACGGAGGGCGAUAGCGCCAAGGCGCUGGCCAUCAGCGGGCUGGGAGUGGUGGGCCGCGACCACUACGGCGUGUUCCCGCUGCGCGGCAAGCUGCUCAACGUGCGCGAGGCCAGUGCGGCGCAGAUCGCGGCCAACGCCGAGAUCCAGAACAUCAAGCAGAUCAUGGGCCUGCAACACGGCAAGGUGUACGAGAACACGACGUCGCUGCGGUACGGCCACCUGAUGAUCAUGACGGACCAGGAUCACGACGGCUCGCACAUCAAGGGCCUCAUCAUGAACUUCCUGCACAGCUUCUUCCCCUCGCUGCUGCGCAUCCCCGGCUUCCUGCUGGAGUUCAUCACGCCCAUCGUCAAGGCUCGGCGCGGCCGCGACACCAAGGUGUUCUACACCAUGCCCGAGUACGAGGCGUGGAAGGAGAGCCUGGGCAACGCGACGACCGCCUGGGACAUCAAGUACUACAAGGGUCUGGGUACCUCCACCAAGGAGGAGGCGCAGGAGUACUUCUCGCGGCUGGACCUGCACCGCAAGGAGUUCGUGUGGGAGGGCGACGAGGACGGCGACUCCAUCGAGCUGGCGUUCAGCAAGAAGCGCGUGGACGACCGCAAGGAGUGGCUGAGCAACUUCGUGCCCGGCACCUUCCUGGACCAGAGCGCCGACCGCAUCAGCUACUCGGACUUCAUCAACCGGGAGCUGAUCCUGUUCUCACGUGCCGACCUGGACCGCUCCAUCCCGUCCAUGCUGGACGGCCUCAAGCCUGGGCAGCGCAAGAUCCUGUACGCCUGCUUCAAGCGCAACCUCAAGAAGGACAUCAAGGUGGCCCAGCUGUCCGCCUACGUGGCCGAGCACAGCGCCUACCACCACGGCGAGGGCAGCCUGGCCAGCACCAUCGUCAACCUGGCGCAGGACUUCGUGGGCAGCAACAACGUCAACCUGCUGCACCCCAGCGGUCAGUUCGGCACGCGGCUGCAGGGCGGCAAGGACGCCGCCAGCGCGCGCUACAUCUACACGCGGCUGGCGGCGCUGACGCGCCACCUGUUCAACGAGAACGACGAUCAGCUGCUCACCUACCUGAACGAGGAGGGGCAGAGCAUCGAGCCCGAGUGGUACAUGCCCAUCCUGCCCACCGUGCUGAUCAACGGCGCGGACGGCAUCGGCACGGGCUGGAGCACCACCAUCCCCAACUACAACCCCCGCGACAUCAUGGCCAACCUGCGGCGCCUGCUGGAGGGCGAGGCGCAGGAGGCCAUGCACCCCUGGUACCGCGGCUUCAACGGCAACAUCGCCGAGGCAGCCACCCACAAGUCGGGCUCGCGCUCGUACGUGGUCAGCGGCACGGUCACGCAGACCGGCCCCAACACCAUCGAGAUCACGGAGCUGCCCAUCCGCAAGUGGACCCAGGACUACAAGGAGUUCCUGGAGACGCUGCUGCGCCCCACCGAGAAGGACGAGGCGCCCAUCAUCGCCGACUACAGCGAGCACCACUCCGACUCCAACGUGCACUUCGUGGUGGAGCUGCUGCCCGGCAAGAUGGAGGAGCUGCUGGCCUCGCCGGGCGGCCUGGACGGCAAGUUCAAGCUGACCACCAAGAUCGCGACCAGCAACAUGAUGCUGUUCGACCACAGCGGCAUGAUCAAGCACUACAGCAGCCCCGAGAUGAUCGUGGCCGAGUUCUACGAGCUGCGCCUGGACUACUACGAGAAGCGCCGUAUCGCCAUGCUCAAGGUGGCGUCGCUGGACCAGAAGCGCGCGGACAACCGGAUCAGGUUCAUCCUGGCGGUGGUGGAGGGGCGGCUGGAGGUGCGCGGCCGCAAGCGCGCCGACCUCGAGCGCGACCUGGAGGCGCAGGGCUUUGACCGCCUGGGCAAGGCCGGCGCGAAGGUCAAGAUCACGGAGGUGGCCGAGGACGGCGAGGAAGGCGAGGGGGGCGAGGCCGCCGUCACCGCCUCCAACGGAGCCAGCUACGACUACCUGCUGUCCAUGUCCAUCUACAACCUGACGCGCGAGAAGAUCGCCAAGCUGCAGGAGGAGGCCGCGAAGGCCAAGGAGCGGGUGGAGUACCUGUGCAGCAUCACCGGCCGCGACAUGUGGGCGCAGGACCUGGACGCGUUCGAGGCGGCCUACGAUACCUGGGAGGUGCAGGAGAACGCGCGCCUGGAGGAGGCCACGCGCAAGCAGCUGGCGGCCAAGCGCGGCAAGGGCGCGGGCAAGGCUAAAGGCGCCGCCGGCGGCCGCAAGAAGGCGGCCAAGAAGGCGGCGGGCUCGGACGAGGAGGACUCGGCGGAGGACACGGCGGACUCGGACUUCGAGAUGGCCGCCAAGAAGAAGCCGGCGGCCCGCGCGCCGCCCAAGCCCAAGCCCGCAGCGCCCCCCGCACCGGCGGUUGCCGCGCCGGCACCAGCGCCAACGGCGCCCAAGCCCGCGGCAGCUGCGAAGGCACCGGCGGCGCCGAAGGCCGCCGCAAAGGCAGCGGCAGCGGCCGCCGCGAAGGCGCCGGCGGCGCCGGCGUUGGAGGUGGAGCCGGCUGCGGCGCCGGUGGCACGGCCGCCGGCCCGCAAGGCCGCGGCUGCGGGCGCGGCGGCGCGGAAGCGGAACGUGGUGGUGGACACCGAGGAUGAGGACGUGGACAUGUCGGACGGCUCGGAGGAGGAUUUCGCCAGCGCCACGGAGGACGACGAUGACGACUUCGAGGCGGACGAGGAGGAGAAGAAGCCCAAGAAGGCGCCCGCAGCCGCGAAGAAGGCCGCCGCGGCGCCGGUGCCCGCGGCCGCGCCCAAGCCCGCGGCGGCGCCCAAACCCGCGGCCGCACCGCGCGCCAAGAAGGCGGCGGCGGCAGCGGCUCCGCCGCCCCAACCGCUGCGCGCUGAUUCGCAGGGCAGCGAGCAGCCGAGCCAGGACGACAGCCGCAUGAAGCCGGACGCUGAAACGGCGGGACUGGCGGCGCGCCUAGCCGGGCGCAUGCAGGCGCAGCUGAACAUCGGCAAGGCGGGCGCGCCUGUGGUGAACCUGGAGGAAGACUACGACGUGAGCUCGCCCGCGCCCGGGCCCAAGACCGCCGUCGGUGCCAAGAAACCGGCCGCGGGCAGGGCGCCGGCCGCUGGCGGGCGCGGCAAGGGCAAGGCUGCCGGCGGCGCUGCAGCGCCGAAGCAGCCAGCCAAGCGCAAGGGCGCGGCCAAGAAGGGCUCAGACUCGGAGUCAGACGACGUCAUUGAGCCCAGCAGCGACGACGAGGAGACCUUCGAGCUGUCUGCGCCGUCGCCCGCGGUUGCGCCCAAGGGCAAGAAGAACCGCUCGGGCCCCACGCCGCUGGCGAUCAAGAGCCUGGCGCGCAUGGCGCCCGUGCCCGAGGAGAAGGCGCCUCUGCGCGCCCGCCGCGCCGCCGCCGCCAAGCCCGUCAACUACAAGAACGGCGGCAGCGACGACGACAGCGGGUCCGGCAGCGACAAGGACAGCGACUUCGAGGUGCUGUCGGACUGAGCAGCAGGCGGUAGCAGGCACCGGCCGUUGCGUUACCGGGCGUUUCCGGGCAGCGGCGACUGGGCCGCAACGGCGCUGGGACGGCGAGCGGCUAUGGGAAGAGAGGAGGGGCCGCAAGGGCGCAACCGAGGACGGAUGAGCGACGUGUGCGGCUGGGAGUGGGAGCGUAGGUAGGGUGCUGUAGGUGUACGGAAGGCGUGGAGCAUAAGGGGCUGGAGGACGGCAGGGAUGCCAGUGCAGGAAUGCGUGUGCGUGAUGCUGCCAACGCGGUAUGCAGGCUGGGCAAAAGGAUGCCAGGCAAUAUCGGUAUCACUCGAACACCAAAGUGUCAGUGUGCCUGGUAUGUUUGCGAACGUUACAAGAAAUGACGAUGGGAGUGCGCAAGCACACAGAGGCCAUGCACGGUCCAAACGAUCUGAAGAAGGUGAAAGGUGGCUGCCAACUGGCAGUGUGUGAGCGCGUCACCUGCCGCGUGGCCACUAUGUUAAGCCGCAUUGCACAAGCGGCUGACAUACAUGUAACGUGGCCUACUA